AUGUCACGGCAAAAUGGUGUUCCUUCUCCCCUGGCGUCUACUUUAGAGACCACACACGGAACAUCGAGUAUCACCGCGAGUUCCCUUUCAUCAGCUUCGCCGUUCGAAGGAGACUCAGCAAAUAUAAACCGUUCCUCCUCAAUAGAUUCUUCGUCGAACAAUAGCUCGUCAACUGGUAUCAUCGGGAGAAAAGUGCAGAUCCCGAAGCUCUCGGCGGCCACUACAGAGCUUCUUGCACGCAUCGCUGGUAAUAUCAGAGGAGAUCAGCAAAGGAAAGGUAGUUUUACUGCCGGUUGGAACACAUCAACGUUUGGUAACAGCUUGAAUGAUUUAAACUUUUCGAGUUCAAACACGAUGAAGGCUUCCUCUACAAUCAUUGAGCUUCCCACCGCGCCGUUCAUCUACACGAACAAUACAUUGGCCGCUACACCAGCUUCCCUCGAAGCUUCUACAGUCUCGCAGGAAUCUCAUGCAAAGCCCAGGAAGCCCGUGUCUAUUGCUCCCAAGCCAACGGCAACGUCACCAACUGGCUUGACGGCACCUCUUGCGAACCCACAGAUACCGCCAACCUUAUCAUCACAGCCUCCAGUACCUAUACUAAAGGCACCUCUGGCUCCCUUAGCCCCGAAGGCUCCUAAAGCUCCAGUUGCUCAAUCCCAAAAGGGACCAGCUGAGCCACGCUCGCGUAAGACUGCUGUGAAUAGAACCAAGAAGGGAAAAAGACGAAGACGCGGUGAUGAUAGUGACGGCGAAGGGAUCAUCAGAGCUGGGGACUCUAGCUCCGAUGAGUCUGACAUCGCACCUACUGCAACUCAAACCAAAUCCGGUAGGCAAGUGAACCGACCGUCUUUGUAUGUGCCUCCAGCUUCCUCACCAGCCGCUGUCAGGGCAAAUGGCGUCCCCACCAACGGAUUAGAUACGACCGCACCUCGCAAACGCAGGCGGGUUAACCGCAAGAUAAAGGAGGUAAACAUCAAUUGCAUCCAUUGCCAGAGGGGCAAUAGCCCGGUGAGCAAUGCAAUUGUAUUCUGCGAUGGAUGUAAUCGAGCAUGGCAUCAGCUUUGCCAUGAUCCUCCCAUCAACCCUGAGGUUGUGGCAGUGGCGGAGAAAGAAUGGCAUUGUCAAGAAUGCAAACCUGUGCCAAUAUCCAUUGUCCAGCCGACUGUUGUCAGAAGUAAUCCCGAUCUCCAGGCUCGGCUGUCGGGCCCUUCACUUCAUCCUCCAGUGACCGUGCCUAGGAUUGAAGCAGGAGGGGAAUCUUUUCCUGCAGGAGAGCGACGGGGUUACCUAUCGAGUCUUUCCCAUGCGACCCUUGUUGAACUGCUCAUGAAUAUUUCAAAUCAAAAUCCCUCCCUACCUAUGUACCCAAGCGAUCUCAGGGGUCUACAAUCAUCGCAAUUUCCCUUUGAACCACACAUUCCAUCAGCCUCGGCUUCAGACACCAUCCCAGUGGAGUUGCCAAUCCCCACAGAACUAACGUAUGCUCAAGGGGAGGGUGCAGACUCCAGAAAGCAGGCUUCCGCUAGUGACGGGAACCAUCUACACUCUGCUUCAUCGUCGCGAAAGAAACACCAAUACGAAUCAGAUGAGGAGUCGGAAUAUGAAGAAUUCCAAGAGCAUCGAUUGUAUCCUCGUGCCGGGAAUGGUUUCCGUCUGUCGCUUAAUGCUGAUGAUAUUGAUAUCAUGCGUGAAGACUCGGCAUGUACUACCUUCAGCUAUGCUUUGCAUGGUCCAGCGAAAGCUCGCGCAGAGGCGAAACAAAGUGCACCUGUGUGGGGGUCUGCAUAA